AUGAGUGGACCUUAUAAAAGGACUACUCCCAAAAGAAUCAUCCAUUUUGCUGAUGGAGAUAUCAUGGAAGAAUAUAGUACAGAGGAAGAGGAAGAAAACCAAGAGGUAAUGAAUUUAACACUUAACCCUUCCAGUCUUUCAUGGGGACCCUACCUAUGGUUUUGGGCAAGGCGAAUAGCAAGCAUCUCAUUUGCAAUAUGUGACUUCCUUGGUGAAAGAUUUGCUAUCUUUUUUGGUCUUAACCAACCCAAGUAUCAGUAUAUGCUGAACCAGUACUACAGAACACAGAAUGAGGAAAGUGAUGAGGAAGGAGAAGGGAAUGGAUCAAGGCCCCAGCCAGCCAGGGCCCCUAUUGAGAAGAGUCUUCUGGAGGUUGGAGGCCUCCAGUAA